UUGAUUUGAUUUGAAGCCCAACACAAUCUCUACACAACUUCUCCAAGUCCAUAUCACAGUUUGGUUAACGAAGAACGAAAAACAGCAACAGACCGAAACUUUUUCCAAGUUGUUGUUAUUGUUGUUUGUGCUGCUACUGUUGCUUCUGCUACUGCUGCUGCUGCUGUUAUUGUUCCGUUUGUUUGCUAUAACUUUGGGCGUGAUUUUUUAGUUUGCUUUGAAAAACUUUUCGGUCAAAAGAUGAUAAUGGCUUUUUUAGAAAGAAACCGCCAUGUUGUUCUGACAACAACAUAACACAGUUUACAAAAAACAUUCUCUGGGAAAGAGCAUUGUUGCUGUUGUUGUUGUUGUUAUCGUUGUUGUUGUUGUUGCUGUUAUUGUAGUUGCUGUUGUUGUUGUUAUUGUUGUUGUUGUUGUUGUUGUUGUUGUUGCAGGUAGCGUUGCUGCUAAUACUACACCUACCAUUAUUGCUGCUGCUGCUGUUACUACUACUACUACUACUACUACUACUACUACUACUACUACUACUACUACUACUACUUAUGCUUCCACUACUAACAAUACAAUUAUUUGAUAAUGUUGUAGUGAAGGUCGUAGAGCAAGGUACAAGUUCCUCUCCCACUUGUUGUUGUUGUUGUUGUUGUUGUUGUUGUUGUCGUUGUUGUUGUUGUUUGGCUCUAGGUCAUCACUGAUCGAGCAGAAACUGUAAUCAAAGGCAUUCCAGUCAUGACCUUCUUGAUUUUUUAAGGUUGUGUCGGACUAUAUUAACUAGCGUGUUCCUUCUUUACUUAAGUAAUGUAGAGUGUCAUUUAGCUGUUAUUUUUAGUAGGUUGAGUGACCAUGUAAAGGUUCCUUGUUGGCUUUUAAGUGUUUGCUGGAUGCACCUUUUUUCUGCACCAACAAAGACCCCUUAGCCACCCCCACCAAAGACCUAAUUACCAAACCAUCAAAGACUCCUUCACCAUAUCAGGAAAGAGGCCUUCGUCACACCACGAGGGAGCUCUUCAUCACGCUAUCAAAAAUUACUUUCACCACGAUACGAAAAACAUAUCUCGCCACACCAGCAAAAUCCCUUCUCCACCUGAAAAACGAGGCUUCCAUCACGCCACGAAGAAACCCUUCACUAUAUCAUCAAAAAUCGUCCUCACCACACCAAAAGCCAAGUCACUUUUUCUCUGCAAUAAUUGUAUUACUAAAAGAAACUAUAAAAAUAAUAGCUAUACAAGACAUAAAUGAUUAUUCUUCAGUCAUAAUUUAACAGAAACAAUAUUUCAUUUUUAUCUUAUAAUUAUUUAUUUGGUUUUGUUUCGUUAUAUCAAAGUUGUUAUUGUUGUUGAUGAUGAAGUGUCUCUCACCGAAACGUUAGAAUUCUAUUUUAUUCUUACGAUUUUUGAAGUUAUCCAAAUUUGCGACAUUCACUCCUCUUUUCUUUCUUUCCUAUCCGUUGUCCAGCUUCACAUCUGCUGACAAUCACUUGGAAGUCGGAGCUUGUUGUACUUGUGGUUCUUUUGAGUCUUGUAGGUCUUUUUACUCUUGCGGGUUCUCUUGAUUGUUCUUGUGUUUCUUGUUGUUCAUGUGAUUCUACUUUAUUUACUUUUUUGUGUUUAUUCUUGAUUUUCUUUUGUUUGGUUUUUUAUUCAUAUGUCCCGGCGCCACGCUCGCUGCAUGUUAAACAAACAUACACUACCGAACUCGCAUCAUCAACAUUAUCAUCAUCAUCAUCAGUCGCAGCAGCAACAAUAUUAUCACCAUCAUCAUCAUCAUCAUCGUUGUCAUCAUCAUCAUCAUCAUCACUGACAUUAUCGCUACCACCAGCAUCAACAUCAACUUCAUCCUCGACAUCGUCAUCUCAUCACUAUCAUCACCGUCACCAUCAUCACCGUCACCAUCAUCAUCACCAUCAUCAUAUCAUCAUACUCGUCAUCAUUACCAUCACCAACACCAACACCAUCAGCCACCAGAUGAAAUCGAACGAAAUCAAAUGAGAUCCGAUCGUCGAAGCCAGCCAGAGCCAUGACGUCACUGUAUUCCGUCGACGACAAUCAUCCGUCCACGUUGAUUAUGUCGUUAUGUCAGAACAAGUCUUUGCUGACCAUGAUGGACUACGGCGAAACGAGCAACAACACAAACAGCAACCACAACAGCAGCGACAGCAACUGCAUGAACAACAGCCACACCAGCAUCGACAACAGCAACAGCGACAACAACACCAGCGGUAACAGCAACAACAACAACAACACCAAUAACAACAACAGGCUUGAAAUGAUGAUUGUGCCGACCAUCUACGCCGUCGCCAUUGUCGGAGGAUGUAUUGCUAAUGGCGCUUUAAUUACUCUUCUUUGUAAAAAUCGUAGACAGAAAUACAACAGCACAGGAAUCUUGGUGCUCAAUCUAGCCAUUGCUGAUUUGCUAUUUCUUCUAUUCUGGGUACCAUUCCAUACGAUUAUCUACACUCUGUCCAUAUGGCCGUUCGGAGAUUUCAUGUGCAGAUUUAUCCACUACAUGCAGUUCUCCAGUAUGUUCGCCAACGUCUUCACACUGACCGCCAUGGCAGUCAACCGCUACGUCGCCAUACGUUUCCCGAUCUGGACGAGGCUCCGCCGUAACCACAAAGAUGUCGUCAUUAUCAGUCUAGUCAUUUGGAUUGUGGCUCUUUGCCUCGGCAUUCCAUCGUCCCUUAUCUACACUACUGUGGAAUAUCAAGGAAACUUUUACUGCACAGACUCCUUUCAAGAUAAACGCCAUUUAAGGCCGACAUUUUUCCUUCUCAAUUUCUUAAUCGGUUACGUAAUCCCACUGAGUACUAUUCUGAUUCUUAGCACUCUCACCGUAUGUAAUAUGUGGAACUCAACUAAUAUGGAAGGCAUAAACGCUGCUGAAUCUCUUCGCAACAAACGUAGAGCUACGAAAAUCGUAAUAUCUCUGGUUUUAGUGUUUGCCUGUAUGUGGUUUCCUUACCAUUUGUUUUGGAUAUGGGUGAACUAUUUCCAUGACAGCUUCGAAUGGUCGUAUGCAUUCUAUUAUUUCCAAGUAUUUGCUUAUUUGUUAGCUUUUACGAAUUCUGCUUUAAAUCCAUUGGUCUACGCGUUCUGCUCGGAAACUUUCCGAAAGAAAUUGUGUAUUUGGUCAAAACGCAAGCAAGAUCAUUCGUUGCUGUCUCAUUCGAGAUUAACUAAUUAUUCUAUUCGAUCAAUCCCUCAAAAUACUCAAGAAAUUCCAAUGGACAAAAUAUCUCUGUAAACAAACAAAAACAAAUAAGCAUAUAUUUUGUCUUUUUUUUUAUUAUCACGACUUCUAAACAAUAGCAUCAUUGGUUAAAAGUUACAACAUAACAAUUACUGGUUCACUGUAUUUGUAAACGGCGACAAGGACUGUCUGUAACUCUGUGUAAAACAAAUAUCGCAAAAAACACGAGUUUUUUCCUUUUUUUUUUACGGUUUUGUCACCUGUGUAUACAUCUUUCAACCAUAUACAUCGGCAAUAUUUAAAAUUCAUGUUCAGUUAAAUGAAGGGGGAAAAUGGAGAGUUAAGAUAAUAAUAAUUAUCUAUU